UACCCGAUCAUGGCAGAAUUUGCCUGAGCCAGGUUCCCACCCAGCAUCUGGGGUGAAUUUACCCUGCAAGGCUCCGGAUGCUCGCCAGACCCUUCGCUUUAAACCAGCCUCCGUGCCCCUCACUCCGCCCACGCCCAGGUCUCUGGACUGGUUCAAGCUUCCCAGAGCCUUGGUUGGUCCUAGCAGGCCAUCAACAGAUCACCUCCUGGGAUGGUUGAGAGCCCGGCUGGGAUGCUGUGGGGUGACGGUGGGGGUUGUGUUUGUAGUACUCCCGGGAAGUCCUGAUGUCACGGGAGCGGCAAGGACAUCGCAAGGAGGAGUCGUGUUACAGUAAGGAUGGGCAGUGGCGCGCGCGGCCGGAGCGCACGCUCCAGCCGCGGGGAAUCGUAGCCUGGAAGGCAGGAGCCUGCCCCGCGCUGCUCGCCCAGCCCGCCCGGGAGGAGGCACGCUCCACGCUGCUGCUCGCCACGCUGGAAACAUCGACAGUGACCAUAGCAUGCCACGGCUCUGCUCGGCGUUCCAGCCCAGGGUGCGAGCGGAGGCUGAAGACGCCACGGUGGGCUUCCAGCUGGUUGAUUAAUGAGAAAAAUAAUGUAUUUUGGUGGUACAUGCCAGAGUCCUGCUCUCCCAGCCCUGGUCCGGCCACCAGCCCCUCCUUUGCAGCCAUCAUUGGAUAUUAAGCCCUUUCUUCCCUUUCCUCUUGACACUGCAGCGGCAGUCAACCUGUUUCCCAAUUUUAAUGCGAUGGACCCUAUUCAGAAAGCCGUGAUAAACCAUACAUUCGGGGUUCCUCUUCCUCACCGGAGAAAGCAAAUCAUUUCAUGCAACAUUUGCCAAUUGAGGUUUAAUUCAGAUAGCCAGGCUGCGGCCCACUACAAAGGCACGAAACAUGCCAAGAAGCUCAAAGCACUGGAAGCCAUGAAAAAUAAGCAGAAAUCUGUCACUGCCAAGGACAGCGCAAAGACUACCUUCACCUCCAUCACUACCAAUACCAUGACCACCAGCUUUGACAAAACAGACAGUGCCACAGGGACACCAGUAAUAUCAACAACGACAAGUGUGGAAAUGCGCAAGAGCAAUGCCGAAGCAACUGAGAUCACCUCUAAAGCAGAAAAAAGCCCCACGGCAGUGGCAACCACUGGGAACAGCUCAAGUCCGUCCACAGAGACUGAGGAAGAAAAGGCAAAGAGGUUGCUUUACUGUUCGCUAUGCAAGGUGGCUGUGAACUCUGCCUCACAGCUGGAGGCUCACAACAGCGGUACAAAGCACAAAACAAUGCUAGAAGCCCGCAAUGGAAGUGGGACUAUCAAGGCCUUUCCUCGGGCAGGAAUGAAGGGCAAAGGACCGGUUAACAAGGGAAACACAGGCCUCCAAAACAAAACAUUUCACUGUGAAAUAUGUGACGUGCACGUCAACUCGGAAACACAACUCAAACAGCACAUUAGCAGUCGAAGGCACAAAGACAGAGCUGCUGGGAAGCCCCCCAAACCAAAAUACAGUCCCUACAACAAACUACAGAAGGCAGCAAACCCAUUGGGGGUAAAAUUAGUAUUUUCAAAAGAACCUUCGAAGCCGCUGACUCCCAGAAUUCUCCCAAAUCCACUGGCAGCUGCAGCAGCUGCAGCAGCUGUGGCAGUGAAUUCCCCCUUCAGUCUUCGAACUGCUCCAGCGGCCACCCUCUUCCAGACAUCUGCCCUUCCUCCAGCCCUCCUUCGGCCAGCUCCUGGACCCAUUCGGACCACCCACACUCCUGUGCUCUUUGCUCCUUACUGAACUCCGAACAGGAGGUGUUGUACUGCAAUAAUUUUUAAGACAACAAAAUGAAACUAAAAUCAAACAAAAAGAGAACUAUGCAGUGUUUAUUUAUAGUUUAAAGUGUAUCUGAAGAGCCAGGACUUUUGAUAGUAAAAUGAAAUGAUUACUUAAAAAAAAAAAAAAAGAAGCGCGGAUGUAGGGCUGGGGGGAGGGGAGGGAAGGCGUGGCAUUUUCUUCAAAUUAAAGCAUUCUUCUUGAACACUGAUUGUUUUAGAACUUAUCUCCAGCACUGACUCAUAGUGGUAUCUAGAACUUCAAAAGUCUGUGACUGUGCUUUUUUGGGCACCUGUUACCCCUGCAUUGUCUUUCCUGCUUUCUAAAACAAUUAUACAUUGUCUAAGGGCAUUAACUGGUUCCAAUGUAUAUAUAAUAAUUUACUCUAUAGAUUAUAAUAAUAUAUAUAUAUAUAUAUAAAAGAAAAAAAGCAACAAAAACAAAAGCAACACUGUGAAUAGUAGUGCUCUUGCUGGUCCUCUGGCUAUGACAGCAGUUAUUGGGUAUGUAUCCAAACAAAAAUAGAUACAGUAGAUGUCUUGUCAAACAAUAGUGCUGUGUCUCAAUCUUUGCCAUUAGGUUUUAAAGAACAAAAGGUAGAAUGAACAGCUAUUUCAUACCUAUAAUCAGUAAACAAACAAUCAAAAAACAUCAGAUGGUAUCCUGGAAGGCUACAUGGUCAGCACCCCUGUCCUGUAUGCUUAGAGGUGAAGAGGUACCAAGAAGGACACUGCAUCAUCAAAUACUAGUUUCCCACUUGGAACAGGGAUUGCUGGAGAAUGUGAAGUGUAUCUGAAAUGGCAAUGUAUCUGAAAACCAAUCAACCCAUGUAUCAUGGGCAAGUAGUAAGAAAUCAGUUUAAGUGUUUUACUCUAAACCCGAGGAGCUGUCAGAAUCUCAGAUGAUGAUGUAAUAUGAGAACAGAUCUAUAAAAGCAGAGAAAACUAGUCAUGUGUAAUAACCCUUUAUGUUAUCCUUGUAGAGGCAUAGCAAAAGGUUUUGCUUUAAAUAGGAAUGUCUGAAGACAGACAUAAGCAUGAGCUAAGGCUGUGUUGUUAUCUUUUUCUGACUGAUGGGACAUAAACCUCUAACAUACUUGUAAAUGUUAGUGCUGUCAAGAAAAAUUAAUCUGAGUUCAUUGCACACCAAUGAUAGGACAUCAAAAAAGUAUAUUAGCAAGGUCCCCUAGACCAUCAUUUCUCUAGUGGCAUUGUGAGAUAAGAACUGCCUUUGAUUAUUUAUCACAGAGCUGAAAGUAGUUGAUGUUUUAUCUUUAAAAAAGAUUUAUCAGGGGAAUAUAUAUAUAUGUAUGUAUAUAUAUAUGAAUGUAUGUAUGUAUAUUGUAUAUAUGUUAGAAAGAUUAAGAAAAUAACUUAUAAAAAGAAAAUCUAUAUGAGAUAAUUCUAUAACCAUUCAGUGUUACAUGUUAUCAUUAAAUUGGUAACAAAUGGCAUGAAAUAGCUGUGCCUUUAAUUUGUGAUGAAGGCAGUAUGCUUUUUCCCAUUGAAAGUUAGCUUGCCCCUAUACAUAUGAUGGGGCUGGAUGCAGACAGAUAAUUGCAUUCAAAAAUGAUGACCUUCGACAAGAGAACAAGACAAAACAUGUACACAUCAGCCUUCUGUGACUUAGGAUUGAAAAUAAAAAAUAUUUUUGAAAAGGUUUUUUAAAAACUAUUUAAAACUAUAGGGAUGGAAUGAGUGUGGCCUUCCUGGAACUUCUUUUAUCUCAAUUGUAGUGACCUUCAGAGAGGAAUAGAGAAUUAAGGAGUCCCUGGAGACUUGUCAUUUAUAUUUAAAGAAUAUGCAUAGUGUGCAUGGUGCUGACUGUUAAAUGUGGUCUUUAGAGGACUUUCCCAGUGUCUAGUUGUAGAAUUUGUCAUGUAAGUGUAUCUUUGAAGCAGCCGGCUGUGUAUUCCUGUUAUUUAACAAACAACCAAAACAACAUUUUCAAAGAGGAAAGAAAAAGACAGAUUGUAAAGGAAAACAUAUGGAGUAGAAGGAGAAUGAUAAGAAGCAAGUAGAAUCAUUCCAUCAGUCUUUGGUACAAAGAUCUUUUAGACAUAUCUGUCACUGAAUGUGGUGAUUUCUCAGUUGCAGUCUUUCUAAGCACCGCCCUCUUCUUUUAGCAAGUGUUUCCUUUGCUUAUUUAUUGGUUGCCUACAGAUGGGACAAAUUCAGCCAGGUGGAUUUAGUUACCCGGAGUUUGUUACCAUGUGACCAGCAGCUUCAAGUUGUGUUGCAACUUAAUUUUUCUAUUUGAUUGUUCACUGUAUUCACUGCAUCUUGGUCUUUCCACCUGAUGAGGCCACUUGUGCUUACUAUCAAUGCAAUUUCAUUAUAAUAUAUUUCUGUUGUUCCUCCCAUUUUCACCAAAGCGAAGGAACCAGUCUGCAAGAAGUCAGGACCCAUGGAUCACAUGGAGUCCUGGGUCACAAGGCAUUAAUAACUUUAAUGGUUUGCUUGGAACAAACAAAUCAGCCAUAUUUUCUUCAUCAGCCAUAUGAGAACACUCAGAAAAACCUGGACCCCGUCUGCCUCACUUUGCGACGGAACCUCUUUUGUUUAAAUGGUCUCUUAAAUUGGAGUUUUAAGCAUCAGUUGUCUUUUAUUCACUACCUAAUAAAGGAUGAAGCCUAACCAUUGAA